AUGGCUUGUACUGAGAACCCAAGCCAACUAGCAAAUUCAGUAGCGGAAUGUCCCAGCAAUAUUCCUAAAGUAAAAAGAACUUAUGGUAAACGCAAGUUGAUAUCAAGCGAGAAUUACGCAAAUACUGACAAAAGGAUCAGACAAUCAAGCCAUCGUUCUACUUUGCGUCCUAUCGAAAGUAAUGCUAAAAAGAAAUACGUACAAUUGUUCCUCGAUGCUGGACAGAAUAACGUUGGUCCAAUUACUUGUAAGGAGUGUCAUAUGUCUUAUAAUAAAGGAACAGAAGAUGAUCUAGUUCAUGCAAAGUUUCAUAAAGCUAGUGUUGGAGGCAUUGAUUAUCCGGGAUAUAAGAAUAAAGCUAUGUUGCAAAUUUAUCCUGAAGACAAUGGUAGUCGCAUUGUAAUGUUUAGUAAUAAUAAAUACAGUGGGUUCGAGAGGCGUAAG